AUGUUUUCCUUCCGCUCCAACUUCUUCUCAAAUCUCCUGUCUGGUGGCUAUGCAUCUGCUCUCAAACUCAACUUGCCGCCCGUCGAGUCCAUCGACAUUGAAGAAACUCCAGAGAAACGUGCCCGAACACUCAAGCACCUGAUCAAGGCCAAUCACAUCAACCACUCCAUCAUCUACCACCACCUCGAAUUCCACAACCAUGCGCCCCACAUUCUGGGUACCGCCUACUUCCUCGGUGCCAACGUCGACCAACUAAUGGACAUCUAUGAGAAAGAGUCCAAGGACCUCGAGCCAUGGGAAGACUCGCCCUCGGAAAUAUCAAGACAUGACUGGCGCGACUAUCUGGGAAGAAGAGAGUACCAGCGUGCAUGGAUAGACUUUUUCGAAGACCAACUCGUCCAGUUCGGUUACGAUUGGCGAGAGCUGCUUGACGACUUCUUGUACUCUGGCAAGCAACCGCUGAUCAACAAUUUGAUUGCCGGCCUCGCACACCCUCUCAUCCAUCUCGGUUUCGCCCUCGAGCUCGCUUCUCCUACCGUCGCAAUCGAGUCGCUAGCUCUAGUCGCCUCAUUUUACAACCAUCAGCAUAUCUAUCUUGACGAUCCCUCGUACACCAAACCAUCGCCGUGGUCCUCGCAAGAUCCAUUCCAAGUUAUCCAGAAGGUGCAUCAAGAUUCUCGUCUCGAUUCCUUCUUCCAGAAGCCUGGAGAAGACAACUACGCUCCUCUGACAGAGGACAAGGAGAAGGAGGUCAUCCUGCUGGAAUACUGGAACAGCUGGACUGUUACGGAUCCCAAGGCCCAGUUCGAGGCCGCCCAACGUGCCGCUGUUGCCUUGCUCGUCGGUUCACACGAAAGGAAACACAAGUUCGACUUCUUCCUCGUACACAUCCUUACCAGCUCUCACGCCGUGCGCGUUGUUGCUCCCCUGAUUCGUGCUACAUACCACGUUCCUCUGCUCAGGCAAUGGUGGCUGUUUUUGCUUAGUGCUUACAUCGGUCAACUUCGUCCAGCUGUUGACAAGAGCAGAAUCUCGAACGUUAAUCUGGCAGGAAGAGACUGGAAGUGGGUAGCCGAUCGAGCUGUGAACGGCAAGUGGGCUCAAGAUGCUCACUUUGUCAAAGCCUGUCGCUCGAUGCAAGAAGCCGCCAAAACAUGGGGAGAUGAAGACGAGUAUUUCCUCAAGGCUGCAGUCAAGCUGUCGGACGAGUUUGAUGGGUGGGGUGGUUUCAGUGCAUCGUCAGAGGACGAGGCAGAAGCUACUGCAUCGAAUAUUGGCUUUGCUGCAAGGCAUCAUGGUUAA